UUAAAAUUGAACAAAAUGGAUCAAUAUCCUGAUGAAGAUGAAGAAUUCGAACUUUUAUACCAAGAUGAGUUAGAAAUGAUGGAUGAAUUUCCAUCAGAAGAACAAAACGUGGUACCCAAGAGCAAGGAACAAAAUGUGUCAAGUCAACCGAUUUUACAGUCGCCCCAAUUUUUGUCACAAAUUAGUUUCGGCGAUGGAGAAAGUCAAAUCUCAGCACCAGUUAAUCGUAAGUUGUUUGGCACUCCUAAAGAAAAACCAAAGCGGAUGGCUUCAACGCCAUUAGCUCAGAAACGGCGUAUGGCUUCUAUUCAGGAAGUGGUGGAAGAUUUGAAUAAUGUCGCAGAGACUGAUGUCGAUGACGUAAGACCUUCAACUGCAAGCGAAGCUUUAGCCGAACUUAGAAGAGAAGGUGCCAAAAGAAAACGUUUAGAAGAAGACUUAUUCGGUAAUAUUGAUGAUAUAUUUGGGGAUGAAACAUACGAAGAUCCAGAGGCGAAAAAAGCGAGAACUGAAGAAGAAAAAGAUUGGCAGAUUAUUGAAAAAAUAUUAGAAGCCCGACGCAGGUUAAAGGAACAAAACAAAGUCGUUCAUAAAGAUGACUUGACCCGUUUGAAAAUAUUGCAUGACUUUAAAAUGAGAAAUCUUUCUUACACUUUACCCCCGUGGCCAUUUCUACCACUGCAACGAAGUGAUGGAGAACGUGUUUAUGUCCGUUUUCAUUCUGAGCAAUAUGAGGCAAAAGCGGUAGAUGAAAUCAAAGUAGCACCAACAAUAGGUAAUUUGUUGGGUGAUGAUAAGCAGAAGAUUUGGACAGAAGCCAAUGAAUUAAUAUGGAAGCGAGUGAAUAAUAACGCAAGUGCGAAUGCCGAAGUUGCACCAAUUAUUGUGGAGCCUACAGUCAACGACCAAGAUCUUUUAUGGGUAGAGAAGUACAAACCGCACAAAUAUGUUGACUUACUCUCCGAUGAGACCACUAAUCGUAGUCUGUUGUUUUGGUUGAAAAUGUGGGAUAAAGUAGUGUUUGGAAAAGAAUUCAAAGCUCUGCAGGCUAGUACAGGCGGUAGAGUAUUGAACAGUUUUAAUAAACGUACGGGUAAAUUUGAAUCAACGGGUGGAUGGAAUUCUCGCCGACCUAAAAAAUUUCUCGAUACUAACGUUGAUGAAUUUGGCCGGCCUAUACAAAAGGUGGCCUUGUUAUGUGGUCCUCCGGGCUUGGGGAAAACCACUCUAGCCCACACAAUAGCUAAGCAGGCGGGAUAUAACGUACGAGAAAUUAAUGCCUCCGAUGAUCGUAGUCCUGAGGCUUUUAAGUUAGCUUUAGAAAAUGGCACACAGAUGUCGUCGGUAAUGAAUGAGGAACGAAAACCUAAUUGCAUUAUCUUGGAUGAAAUUGACGGUGCCCCUCAUCAGUCCAUAGAAUUUCUGACAAAAUUUGUUACGGAUAAUGUAACAAGUAAGAGAAACAAGGUGGGCGCUGGUUUAAAUAAAAUUAAACGUAACGUUCUAAAGCGUCCCAUAAUUUGUAUUUGUAAUGAUCUUUACGAUCCCGCCUUAAGGACUUUGAGACAAAUUGCUUUCAUAGUGACGUUUCCACCCAUAGAGUCAUCUCGUCUAGCGGAGAGGCUAGCGCAAGUUGCUAAUUAUGAACAUCUAAAGACUGAUCUUAACACUCUAAUUGGUUUGGCCGAGAAAUCAGGCUGUGAUGUACGUUGUUGCAUUUCAACAAUGCAAUUUUUUAGUAUUCAAAAAAAAUCGUUUACACUUCACGAUGUACUCAGUAAUAAUUUAGGACAAAAAGAUCGUCAUCAAGGUCUAUUUGAAGUCUGGAAGUCUAUAUUUAAGAUUGAAAGAUCCAAAAAGCAAUUAACUGAAGGAUCAGCUAAUAAAAAUUCCUUGAUUACCAUGACGGAUAUGUCUACAGCGACCAGAGCUCGCCAAGUUCUUAGCGCAGUGCAUUCUGGCGGAGAUUAUCAACGAUUAAUGCAAGGUGUCUUUGAAAACUUCCUGCAGCAGAAAAUGCCUGAUCCCGACUUGAUUGCCGUUGUUGAGGCUUCAAAUUGGUUUUGCUUCUCCGAUAUGCUAUUGCAACAAAUCAAUCAAGACCAGAACUAUGCGAUUUAUCCUUAUUUACAAUAUGGUUUUAUUAAAUGGCAUUUACUCUUUGCCUCCUUAGCUUGGCCGAAAAUCAACUUCCCACAUAAGGGUUUAGAGUUUUUUCAAAAGUCAACCACACAAAGAAAUGUUUUUCAAUCUUUACGUAAAUCCAUUACCACUUGCACUGCAGGCAUCGGCCAAGGCACAAAACUGCUUUUAGAAACAGUACCUAUGCUAAAACGCAUUUUAUCACCUCAAUUGAGAUCCGUAGCUGUACCACUACUCUCGCCCAGAGAACAAUACGACCUGAAGCACACAGUGGAAAUUAUGGCAGAUUUCGGCAUUACUUAUACCCAAUUGAAAUCGGCCGAGGGAUCUUAUGUUUAUCGUAUGGAACCGGAUUUGGAAGCUUUAGCACAAUUUUCUGAUAGCCCGGGUAUUACUUUAACAUAUUUCGGACGUCAAUUGAUUGCUGGUGAAGUCGAACUAGAAAUUAUAAAACGUGCUCUACCCAAAGCUUCCCGAGAAUUAGACCUGGCAAAAACCGCAUUAACGUCAUCGUCAACAUCAUCAUCGAAAGCAAGUGCAAAGUCGUCGGCAUCCACCAAUUUACCCAAUCAUAUGCAACGACUGAAACCUAAACAGCUCGAUAAAGCUGCCAGUGCCAAAGCUAACCAAGAGAUGGUCUCUAAGGAUUUCUUUGGACGUAUACAACGAAAAACAGCUUCACAAUCUUUGGCGGAUGAACUUAAAUCUGAUCCAAUUGUUAAGAGUCCUAUUUGGUAUCGUUACAAGGAAGGCUUCAAUAAUGCCGUUCGCAAAGAUAUUCACAUGAAUGAGUUGCUAUAGAAACGUAAAGAUAUGUGAGCGUUAAGUCGAAGGAAGUAGUGAUGAAAACAGUUGUGUACAUAUUU